AUGGCCACCGACGCUUCUAUUUCAAGCAUCAAAUUGAUGAAUCAGAACCUUGUUAAGUUAGACCGUUUCGAUGGAACAAACUAUACCCGCUGGCAAGACAAAAUGACAUUUCUUCUAACCGCCCUGAAAAUUCAAUAUGUCUUGGAUCUUGAUUUGGAGGCAAUUUCAGAACCAACUGAGAAUGACACUGAUGAAGUAAAAAAGGAGAGAAAGAAACGAAAAGAAGAUGAACUGCUUUGUCGUGGACACAUCUUGAACACAUUAUUUGAUCGUCUCUAUGAUCUCUACACCAAUACUGCAUCCGCAAAGGAAAUCUGGAACGCACUCGAAUUCAAAUUCAAGGCCGAAGAAGAAGGUACGAAAAAGUUUUUAAUAUCUAAAUACUUUGAUUUUAAGAUGUUGGAUUCCAAGCCGAUUCUUGCACAAGUACACGAGUUACAGGUUCUUGUGAAUAAAAUAAAAGCCGUGAAAAUUGAAAUUUCUGAAGCAUUCCAAGUCGGUGCAAUAAUAGCAAAAUUGCCACCUUCGUGGAAAGGAUACAUAAAGAAAUUGCUGCAUAGUUCUGAGGACUUUUCUUUGGAGAAACUUCAUAAACACCUUCGUAUCGAGGAGGAAACGAAGGAUCGAGAAAAAACUGAGUCUGCUGGAUUUGCUAAAGCAAAUGCUGUUGCCGCUAAAGGAAAGAAAAAUAUGAUGGCAUGA